AAAACCCUGCCUUAAACCCAGACUCUUCUACACUCUCUUCGUAUCUUGUGCGUCAAGGUCAAUGGAAGUUUUGGUCGUGGCUUCAUCGUCAGUCGAUGGCGGAAUCGGAUGCUGGGAUCUGAGGACCGGAAAGGAGCAGCUAAGCUACAAGUCCUGUGCAUCGCCAGCGCACGGCCUCACCGCCGUCGGCCAACGUUUCCUUGCCGCCUCUCAGCUCCGCAGCGCCUCUGCUUCCUCCGGCUCCAUUUUCUACUGGUCUUGGACUAAGCCUCAAGUGGAAGUUAAGAGCUUUCCAGUGGAGGCAAUAAAGCCUCUUACCGCAAACAGUGGAGGAACUUACAUCGUUGGCGGUGGAUCCUCUGGGGAUAUUUAUCUUUGGGAG